AUAAUGCGAAUAUUGGUACAUGUGCGGCGGUUAUUUUAUUGAGUUAUGUUUUAAUAUCCCAUCGAUGCACAGGUCCUAGAUAAAUUAUUUAUAUGGUAUAUGUGACAUGAAAUAUACUUUUACCCGGUUUUACGCAAAUGACCGUCAUUUACGUAUAACGGAAUAAGCCCACAAACGCAACAGUCAUUUGGAGGUUUUAGUUUUAAUAUACAAAUUUAAUCUUUUAUUAAAGUCGGUAUUUGGCCAAUCUCUAUAUUCAUAUUCCAAGUAAUAUUGAAUUCAAAAAUAUGUAUCGGAGCUAAUUCAUAAACAACUCAGUUGAAAUCAGCUUUAAUUAAUAAAUGACACAUUUUAUAUACCCGUAGGCUGUACCGUGUAACAAGUACAUUAAAAUCAAAUAUGAAUAUUUUACACCUUAAGGCUGAACAUUUAAAUGAUGUUUGCACCAUGUUAGCCUUUUUAAACAAUACUAAAAGUAAUAAAUCCUUAAUAAAUGACCCAUUUUAUAUACCCAUAGGCUGUACAACUAUUAUUUGCUGUUGUAAGCCGUAUUUUAAAUGUACAUUAAAAUUAAAUAUGAAUAUUUUAUGUCUAUAACUAAAGAUUUAAAUGAUGUUAACAUGAUGUAAGCCUCAAAUUAAAAAUACUAUAUAAAAGGUUCGACAGAAAAGCACACAAACUACAUAAAUACAAGGAAUAUACAAGUUUGUUAAAAAAAUGUCUUACUCGGGUAAGUUACUUUAUUAUUUUAAUCAUAUUGAUUUUAAAAAGUGUGAAUUAAGAAAAUAAACAAUUUCCUGUAUUUUAUUAUUAUUAUUUAUAUCAAUAUUUCAGGAAAAUGGCUUAACUGUUCCAGAAAAGCGGAAGAAGAGAGAAGAAAAAAUGAGGCUCUAAACGAAGUAAUUGAUCUAACGAAUGACGAAACUGUUGAUACGAGUCAUGAAAAUAACAGAAGCGGCUAUUUACAAAUAAAUGCACCAAUUACAAAACAGUUGGUGACCAUGUACCAGAUCCCAUAUAUUAUACAUCUAACGAAAGGAUCGUGUUUUUUAGAUUCAUAUUUAAUGUUUUUUUUUCUCAUGUCGACUGGACAGGGACAAUUUCUUAUCGCAAAUUUAAAAGUGUAUGUUAAACUACCAAAUAAUAGACUUUUGUCUAUAGCAAAAAGAUUAAAAAAAAUGCAAUUAAAAAAUCCUUCGAAACAAUACAAAAUAAAUUACUCAUAUGUUGAUGAAACCAAUUUUGAACCAAAAUCUUUUACUGCUCAUUGUGCUCUUUUAUGUUUGUUAAAGGUCUGGCAUAUAAUUAACGUAAUUUUUGAUCAAAGAUCCACGGAAUUUAAAACUUUGUUUAUAGCUUUAGUUGAUGUUGAUUCAAGCUGGAUCGGUCUCACACAGUUUAAUCGUCACACCAAAACAGUACAAAUUAACGUAAACUAUAAAAAAUGUGUAUGUAUAGAACAAUUUAUUUUAGUUCUUUUACACGAAUUUACGCAUAUGUUAUUAGGCCCCUCAGAAAGGGACCAUGAUUUGACCUUUUAUUCAACUUUUGCUGCUCUUUUGACUAUUUUUUUACACCAACAAGACAUACAUUUUUUGAACAAAAACAAUUUAAAUUCUUUACAAAUAGCAGCCGUGACAAAAUGACUGUGUGAUGACUUUUCUAUAAAAAAAAACAACACUUUUUUGCGCUUGACGCUAUAAAAAAAAAUGCAUAUGUUAAAUUUAAAUUUUAUAUGUUAGACCUUUAACAAACAUAAAAGAGCACAAUGAUUUUACCUUUUUAAUGUGCUACUUUAGACUGUCGCCUGUCAAAUUUACACAAGGAAAUAGUCUUGAAAAUAAUGUUAUUUGUAGUGGACGAGGGAUGAUCACAAAAAUUACAGAAUAUUAAAAAUAAAACAAUAAUUACAUAUAUUACUAUUAUGUGCCGGGUGUGCGUUACCAUGUUUUAAAUAUAGACAAAACUAUUCGUGCUAUAACAUUUGUUUACAGGUAAUGAUUUUUGAUUUAAAAUUAUUUAAUUGACAGUUCGUUUAAGUUUUUGUAUUAGGCCGUAUCAAUUUUACCUACAAAUUUUUAAUGAUAAACGUACUGAACAAGAACUUACUUAUAAAUACAGUAAAAACUCUGAAAACCGGACCCUCUGAAAACCGGAAUCCUUUGAAAACCGGACUUUUGGUCAAGACCGGACAGGGUCCGGUUUUUAGAGUUUUUACUGUAUAACGUUUACUUCGUUAAUAUUUUUGUUUUUAUCCUUUUCUUUGAAUAUAUUAUAUAUUUUUUAAUUUGUUUGUAUUGUAUUAUGUAUAUUAUGUAAAUAUUUGGGAAAUAAAUAUGUUUAAACUUAAUGUAUAAUAAAUAAACAUUGUAUAAACGAACUGAUUGUUUGUAAAGAUAUAAUAAAAUAAAAAAAAAAUACUUUUUUGCGUCUAUUUUUCGAAACUUCACAAAGGACAUUGAACAUAGUACCGCUACUGUCAUAAAAAUUCAAUUCGCCAUAUGUAAACAUAUUAAAACUGCCAUUAAAUGUCAUCUUAAAAUGUAAUAAACUUGUCCCAAUGUAGUGUGACCUAUUUCUAAACGAUACUAAAUGUCAUUAUACAAAGACAGUAAUCGAUAUUAAACCCUUUUUCAUAGUAAGCGCUAUUUUUAUCCAAUAAAAAUGUCAUCUUAAAUGAUAUUAAACUCGUUCCGAUGUAGUGUGACCUAUUUUUAAACGAUACUAAAUGUCAUUUUACAAAGACAGUAAUCGAUAUUAAACUCAUUAAACUUAUUAGUAAGCGUUAUUUUUAGACUACAUCUUCCUAUAAAAGCCCUAUUUAUCAAGACCACGUAGCACAACUUACGGUGACAGUAUGGUAACAAGAGACCACUAAUUUAUGAAAGAAUAGAGUAACGGUAAGAUUUCUUGCGCUACUAUUUUAUUUGUUAUACCUACUUGAAAGCAAAUAUUUCUUAGAUAUUUUAGUUCGUAAGAUCUUUCGCGCUAUUUUGUACUUAUAUUUUCGCAAGGUAUUGAAGGUCAUUAAUGACAUAGAAAUAAAAAUAAGAGCGAACGAGUUACUUAGCUCAUUUUUAUUUUAGAAUUCUAACAAGAAACAUGGAAAACACCUUUGAAGCCGUAUUUGAGACUUUGAUAAAUACUUUUACUGAUGAAAGUCAGCUGAUGAAUUUUGCGGCAACGUGGGGGAUACAAGAUUCCCCCGGGGUGCGGUUUCGACUAUUUCAGUUAAGGAACCCGCAAUAUGGAGAUAACUUUGUGAAUGAAGAACUGGAAAGUAUACUUGAAAGUUUAGACGGUACAUUACAGAUCCAAGAAGACACGGAAAAUUUAAAUAUGGAGCGGGAGAAUGUAAGAGAGCAAGAGGAGAUUGAAGGUGCAGCAAACGCCUUAUUAUUUGAUGAAGAAAUGGAUAAUAUGGCAACUGCCUGUGUGGAAGAUGGGGAGUGGAGCCCCCAGUCCCCAAUAAUACAAGAAGGGGGUGGGGAUGAUCCUCAACCGGGACCGUCUUAUAGACCUGACAACCCGAGAGAGCUUAAGUAUACGAUAAGGAAAAAAUCAGAAAGGACAUACGCAACAAAAGCAGCAGUGGAUCGGACAUUUCGAGUGAAAGUGGAUGAGCAGCAUUAUGGCCUCCGGCUACAGGAUGUAAGGCGAGGUCUUCACCAAAUGUUUGAAGACGUGUUGGAAGAACCCCGUGACAAUUUGGCGGGGAACGAUCUUGGCCGUGUUGUCAUUCAUCAUCAAGGAUUACACGACCCCAUUAUAGUCCCCCUUCAGCCCUUGGACCAGUUGAACGCCAAUAAAAUCAUGGAAAUCAUUGAAAAAGUACUCAACAGCAACCAAAACUUAUCCAUCGAUGAUAGUUUUUAUAUCUCUAUAGGCACUGUCGAAUUACCAAAAGGAGGAGCAAGGCGAAGAAUCACCAAAUUAAAAGGAAAAAACAAUUCAUUAAAAUUAAAAACGUCUAUAGUGACCAUUGAAAAUAAUGACCAACUGUGCAUGGCUAGAGCAAUUGGUGUUAGUUGGGCGAAAUUAAAUAGAUGUUCGUUAGAAGAAUGGAAAGAAAUUGCUAAAAACCGUCAAAAGAAGUCCAAUUUACAGCUUAUACUAGAACAUCAGCAAGUGCCAGAGAGUUAUUAUAAACAUUUAGUGAAUAAAAAGAGAGAUGAACAAAAACAGUUGGCGGUAGCCAUUAAUCAACUAGCCGGAGUACCUUUAGAUCGUCCCGCCAGUUUAGAUGAUGUGGAGGCGUUUGAUAAAGUGUUGGGAGUGCGCGUAAUGGUCGUUAGCGCCAGACUAGGUAACAAGUUUAUUACCAGCCCUAGUAAAGACAAACGUCCAUGUAUUUACCUGUACCUCGUGGACGACGACCACUUUCACGCCAUUACCAAUAUUACUGGUUUUUUAGCGCAAUAUAUUUCUGCGACCAAUGUCUCAAACACUACAACAACAGAGAAAAUCAUCAGUGUGAAACCUCCUGUAUCGUGUGUAAAACGGAUAAUUGCCCCGAAACAGACAUAACAGUCAAGUGCCCAAACUGUAACAUGAUCUGCAGAU